AUGUACUUACAGCCAGACUAUGCUGCCAAACGGAAGGCCUGCAACCAUUUGCGUAACUUUGCGGAUGUAUAUGACUCCUGUGGCAGUGUGAAAACCAUCUUGGACUGGACUGCCGACCAUCAGGACAUCAUUGUCCCAGGGGCUGGAAUGACCCUGGCAUGGUACUGUGACUGUUUCACUCUUCACUAUGGGCUAUGUAUAAAGGGUUGGGGUCAAUUAAUUCAGUUUUAAAUUAAAUUAACUUUCCAAUGCCCAUUGUUUUCUAUGGGGAAUUUUAAGUGAACUUCCUGCUACUCGGUGGAUGGCAUUCAGAGCAACAGUAAAACUAGUCUGAGUAAUCAUCAACUCCUCAUCUUACUCACACCAGCUGUGCCUGCCAUAACCCAUGUACUGUCCUGAACAGUAUCUGACUGACAUUGACAGUGUUUCUUCCUCAGCUGGUGAUUGGGAACUUUGGCCUAACAGUAGUCUUGGAUGGUAUUUUGGGCCAUCAUGGUCCCCUCUGCUGAUGUCCAACGACCUGAGGGACAUCUGUCCCCAGUCCAAGCAGCUGCUGCAGAACAUACAGGUCAUCCUCAUCAGUCAGGACCAGCUGGGUAGGCAGGGCUAUCGUACUGCCAAGGUAGUACACCUCUGCUCUGUCAUGGUAAUGCUCAAUGGAGAAUAAUACAAACGCAACACAAAACUAGGGCAUAUGCAACUUCUGUUCUGUGGUAUGUAUAUGUCAGACUACUCGUGCUAAUAGUUGAAUGCAACUAAUAUUAUACCCACAUGCGGCUACACCAUAACACAGGGCUUAAAAAUCAUGAAACGCCCAAGAAAUGACAUAUACUCUGAACAAAAAAACUCUACAAUUUCAAAGAUUUUACUGAGUUACAGUUCAUAUAAGGAAAUCGUCAAUUGAAAUGAAUUAGUCCUUAAUCUAUGGAUUUCACAUGACUGGGAAUACAGUUAUGCAUCUGUUGGUCACAGAUACCUUUAAAAAAAGGUAGGGGCGUGUAUCAGAAAACCAGUCAGUAUCUGAUGUGACCACACAUCUCCUUGGCAUAGAGUUGAUCAGGCUGCAGACUGUGGCCUGUGGAAUGUUAUCCCACUCAUCUUCAAUGGCUGUGCGAAGUUGCUGAUAUGGGCGGGAACUGGAACAAGCUGUCGUACGCGUUGUUCCAGAGCAUCCCAAACGCGCUCAAUGGGUGACAUGUCUGGUGAGUAUGCAGGCCAUGGAAGAACUUGGACAUUUUCAGCUUCCAGGAAUUGUUUACAGAUCCUUGCGACAUGGGGACCAUACAUUAUCCUGCUGAAACAUGAGGUGAUGGCAGGGGAUGAACGUCCCUACAAUAAGGAUCUUGAUCAAAUGCAAUUGUGUUUGUUGUCCGUAGCUUAUGCCUGCCUAUACCAAAAACCCGCUGCCACCAUUGGGCACUCUGUUCACAACGUUAACAUCAGCAAACCACUCGCACACACGUCUGCCAUCUGCCCGGUAUAGUUGAAACCGGGAUUCAUCCAUGAAGAGCACACUUCUCCAGCGUGCCAGUGGCCAUCGAAGGUGAGCAUUUGCCUACUGAAGUCGGUUACGACGCCAAACUGCAGUCAGGUCAAGACCCUGGUGAGGACGACGAGCAGGCAGAUGAGCUUCCCUGAGACGGUUUCUGACAGUUUGUGCAGAAAUUCUUCGGUUGUGCAAACCCACAGUUUCAUCAGCUGUUAGGUGGUUGGUCAUAGACGAUCCUACAGGUGAAGAAGCCGGAUGUGGAGGUCCUGGGCUGGCGUCGUUACACGUGGUCUGCAGUUGUGAGGCUGGUUGGACGUACUGCCAAAUUCUCUAAAAUGACGUUGGAGGCAGCUUAUGGUAGAGGAAUGAACAUUAAAUUCUCUGGCAACAGCUCUGGUGGACAUUCCUGCAGACAGCAUGCCAAUUGAACGCUCCCUCAAAACUUGAGACAUCUGUGGAAUUGUGUUGUGUAACAAAACUGUGUGCCCUUUUAUUGUCCCCAGCACAAGGUGUGCCUGUGUAAUGAUCAUGCUGUUUAAUCAGCUUCUUGAUAUGCCACAGCUGUCAGGUGGAUGGAUUAUAUUGGAAAAGGAGAAAUGCUCAGUAAAAGGGAUGUAAACAUUUGUGCACAGAAUGAGAGAAAUAAACUUGUUGUGCAUAUGGAACAUUUCUGGGGUCUUUUUUUUCAGCUCAUGAAACAUGGGACUAACACUUUACAUGUUGUGUUUAUAUUUUUGUUCAGUGUAAUAUGCAUUCCACCAUACGGCAUUAACCUGUAGCCACAUCAAAUAUUUACUUAUUUUAGCACACAUUCAAUGUCUUUGUAUAUACUGCCAUCUACUGGCAAUAUGAUACUGACUAUAAAGCAGGGUACACAAAAGUUGCAUUCAGUGGCUUUGUAGCUUUCAUUGUGUAAGUGCCCUACAGUAAAUAUCAUUAUUUAUAUGUAUUUAUAUAUAUAAAAUGAUCUGAAAUCCGGUGUGGGAGAUAUCCCUGUCUGGUGGCCAGUUGGCUCUGGCAGUGUUGGACAAGCAGGAGAUCGGCAGUCCAAGGCUUCCCCCACACCCUGGCCACAGUGCCUAGCUGGAAGAUCUGCCACCCCCAGUGUGUCACCAGGUCCUGCCCAGCUACAAGGAGCUAGGGGUCCAGACCCUCCUCAGCAAACUGGUAGUGGAUGUUAACCCUUCUGGCACAGAACUGACAACUGUCACACCCAUCAAG